AGUUUGGUCAUGUGCUGUAGAAAGCUCGAGAUCAACAUGGCUGCCUUCAUGAAGAUGCAGGGCAGUGCGAGACAGUUGCAUAAAAAAGCGGUUCUCUUCAAGCCGAACUGGCCCAUGGUUUUCAGGUCCGGCGGCAGUCCAUUCCCUCUGAGCGACAUAUCAGCUUCGAGUUUGUUCCAGCCCCCGCGGCUCUAUAUCAGCACCGUGAGGAGGUCACAGAGCACCUCGAAGAUCCCAUCUGGCAGAACGGCAGUGACAGCUGGAUACAGGUUGACCACCAGAACUCAGCGAUGGAUGCGGGCCGGGGCAGUUGUACGCGGCGAAACAGGUUUCCUCACACCUACCAGUCCACCCUUCAUGAUCCACGACAGACUGUUCGGGAACCGAGCCAGCGGUGCCGGCUUCUCCGGAGAGGACGGCGGUGACAGUGCAAGCUCUACGGGGGAUGAGUCUGGGGGAGAUGGGGGGGCUUCGUAUAACGGGCCUCAGAUGACUGCCCUCACACCUAUGAUGGUUCCGGAGGUUUUUCCCAAUGUGCCACUAAUCGCUGUCAGCAGAAACCCCGUUUUCCCCCGCUUCAUCAAGAUCAUCGAGGUGAGGAUGAUGUAAGCUUUCAUCACGGGGUUCAAUGACAGUCACACUGCUGCCUGGAGGCAGAGAGUGUUACAGUCUCACCCCUAGUAUUAGGGGAGAGUGGGGUAAGAUGAGCCACCCCCUGUUUCUUGGAAAUUAUAAAAGAAAUUGAUCAUGUGACCAAAUAUUUAGGAGAUGGGCAUCAAUUCAUGGAGUCUGUGAAGGUUAGAAGUACAUGGGUGAAGGAGUUGGACAUUUAUUUCCAAAAAAAACAUUUUUCACUCUUGAAAGUGAAUUUAGUCUGUCAUAAGUUUUAUUGAAAUUGUGUUUGGACCAAAAAAAGAUCAUUUUAAAUUUGUUUCAUACAUCAAUUGUGGUAUCUAUGAGCUACAACAUGAGGUCAAAAACCUAGCAUAAAAGUCCACCAUUUUAGUUUAGAGGACUAAUAAAGUCAUCAUAGUAGUUCUGGGGUAAGAUGAGCCAGUGGAUCAACUGAGAAAGUAAAGGAGUCUGAUGAGAGGAUCAGAGUUUCAGUUCAGAUUGUUGAAAUGUGUUACUUUUUCUUUUCAAAAAUACAGCUGUAAAUGUUCUGAAUCACUCAAAGGCUUUUUACAAAACCGCUUUUUAGCAGUUAUAUGCAGUAGUAAUAAAAAGAAUUAUUGUACCAGUUGAAUAGUGUAUAAUAGAUAAAAAUACACAUGAAUGUGAAGAAGUGACUGUUAUUUAGGGAGAGAAAAGGUGAGGGAGGGCUCGGGUGGAGAGUGGGGGGUUGUAGGGAUACGGCUCAACUUACCCCGCUCCUAUGGUCAACUUACCCCAUACACGGGGUAAACUGACCAUAGGAGACCACUUUUUUUGGCAUGAUAUAUUAUCAAGACAGUUAUGUUUACACUCAUUCUGUUGGUUUGCAGGGAUGCACAACAUCUUGAAAUAUAUGCAGAUACUCUAGUUAGAGACAAAACUAUGAUUGACUUCAUGUAGUGAUCUGAAAUAUGAAAAAUGGCUCAUCUGACCUCACUCUCCCCUACUACCUAGAAUUCAAAAGACAAAAAGUCUGGUUUAAAGUAUGUUUGAUAUGUUUGUCUGCAUCUCCAUUAGGUUAAAAACAAAGAGUCGAUGGAGCUGCUGAGAAGGAAAGUACGUCUAGCCCAGCCUUACGCUGGAGUCUUCCUGAAGAGAGAUGAUAAGUAAGUCUGAUAACUCACUGUUCUGCUGACAUCCAUAAUGGCUGGUUGAUGUAGGGCUGAAUCUACCAUGUAUAAUUCUGCCUUAACAAGGGUGUUGUAUUGACACUAUAGAGACGUUGUAACUUUAACUAAAAUGUCCUCAGCGUGACAGCUAUGGGUUUUAACUUGUAAAGGUAAUCAGGGUGAAACAGUGGGCGCUGAACAACUAAAAAUAGAUUUAAUCAUCAUUAUUACCUUGAACAUAAGCUUUCUGUCUAAGGAUAUCUUUGGUGUCCUCGGGGGUUGUGGGCUGAGCUGCUUCUCCUGUGAGAUGUUGACUGGUUUUUGUUGAGAGCAACGUCCUUCAGUGUCCAGGCAAAUAUGGGGACUGUGCUUUCAAGGAUAUGGGCAUUAUCAUAGAGACAGGUGACAUCCAGAGUGGUGUGAUGGGCUAGGUGGAUGUUAAGUCUCGUCUUCACGAUACUAUGUCCAUGAUAUUAUAAGUUAUGUACCAGGAUAUGCAUUGGAGUACAAAAGGCUUAGGAAUUGUACUGAGUAAGAGCAAAUGGUAGCUUUCAGGAUCUUUCCACUGAAAAGCAAUGAGAAGAAUGUUAUCUGAAUAAUUUCAAGCAAUGUGAUUUAUCACGUUUAGUUGCAUAUAUCAGUAAUAAUCAGUAAUUAGAGGAAUUUCAUGACCAACAGAUGUGGUGCAUAAGCUUAUAUUUGAAUGGUUAUUUUUUAACUAUUUGAAUUGUACACUUCUUUGGUGUAUAGACCAAUUUUUUUACUGGAAUCAUGUCACCACCUGAUGUCGCUUUGUUGGUUUUAAGUUGUGUUUUUGUCUCUUACAGUAAUGAGUCAGAUGUGGUGGAGUCUCUUGAAGCCAUCUACUCUACAGGGACCUUUGUUCAGAUUCAUGAGAUGCAGGACCUGGGAGACAAGCUAAGGAUGAUUGUAAUGGGACAUCGCAGGUAAUAAAAACUAGCUCUGCUGCCAAGCAGGUGUUUUUCAUACUAUUCACUUCAUGGUACAGUUUUGUGUGUUUUUAUUGUUUACUAUAUGGACCUCUGCUAUGUGUAUACUGUAAUCUGCUAGGAUACGGAUAACAAGAGAGCUAGAGGUGGAACUUGAGGAAGAAGCAACAACACCACCUGUGUUGUCAGAGUCUGAGGUAGAGCCCCAGUCCAAACCUCCACUUAGACGCAAAGCCAAACGGAGUCGCAAAGACCAACCAGGUUCUCUGGCAGAGCAGCUAGAGGAGAAGGUUUGUGUCAUAACCAUAACGUACCUUAUCUAUGGUCUUUUGUGCCUGCUGGCAUUCAGAAGCUUUCACCUCUCACCUUAAUAUAUAUCACAUAUUGAAUAUUACCAUCAAGGGAAGGGAUUCUGAUCAAUGUCAAUGCUCAGAUUUCAGAAGUAGACCUCAGUCCAGAGUUUCAGCCUCUGCCCUCAUCCAACAUUCUGAUGGUAGAAGUGGACAACGUCCAACACGAACAGUUUACUGUCACGGAGGAGAUCAAGGUACAAAAUAAUCAUUAUAUUAUAGAGCACAAACUCACCAAGUGAUUUUCAGAAUGAAGGUCAUAAUUUCUGUGUGUCAUAUGUCAUAAAAAAAUGUUCUUGCAAAAAAAAAAAGGAAAGGCACCAAGAGAAAAAACAAGUAUUUGUGUGUUCUGUAGGCACUUACUGCAGAGAUAGUGAAGACCAUCAGAGACAUCAUCGCACUCAAUCCACUUUACAGGUCUGGUCUAAAAGUGAAGUUUGUUAUCCUCAUGUCUUAAUCUGUUCUGAUCACACACUACCAUGCUGUUUAAUUUAGGUUUUUAUUCAUAUGGUCGGGCUUCCUGCUCACAUUAAGCCUUUGAGCUUGCAGUCAGGUUAAUAGCAUAAUUCAGACAUGCAUGACAUCUGCCAGCUUUGUUUUUGAAAUGUUAACCACAGGCCUUAAAACGUACUACUUUGUUGUUUGUGCGUGUGUCCCAGAGAGUCGGUCCUCCAGAUGAUGCAGGCUGGUCAAAGAGUGGUUGAUAAUCCCAUUUACCUUAGCGACAUGGGAGCAGCGCUGACUGGAGCAGAGUCACAUGAGCUACAGGACGUCCUGGAGGAGAUAAAUGUGAGUGCUCUGCAGGCUCGCUGGAGACGGUCUUUUAUGAUUUCUAUAGUGAAGCUAAGAGAAACUGAUGUGGACUCCACUCAAAUAGAAGUUGGUCAGAUGUGUAAAUACCCAGAAUCCCGACUCUCUAAAUUCACUUCCCUCCAAACAAAACAUCUUACUCCAAAAUUAUUGACAUACAUCAUAUGUUUCGAUUUCCCACUGACUUUGCCAAGUGCCUUUUUUACUGUGGUGUCUUUCCUUCUUCAUUUCAUUGUAAAAGCAAGACAAGCAAUGCAAAGUUAAGAGUGCCAGUGUUUCAAAACAGAGCAGUUGGUGCAGUAGUACCUGAUUUUAAAGGUUAAGUUCUUGAUAGUUUCAAAGAACAGCGCACUUAUGGUUCUGUGAGCUUUUUAGCUUGCUAACAAACAUGCUUUUCAUCUUUACAUUGAGAGUGAAUAUGAAAAAGGAGUGUGCAGCUAUCUUGUGAACCUGUCGCUGUGUCUUUACAGAUCCCAAAGCGUCUCUACAAGGCUCUGUCUCUGCUGAAGAAGGAGUAUGAACUGAGCAAACUACAGCAGAGACUCGGUAGAGAGGUCAGAGGUCAUUACCAAACAUGUAUUAGCGCCAACAGGCUACAGCUUUGCUUAUCUCAUUCACCUGUCUCUCUGUUGUGAUCGCAGGUGGAAGAGAAGAUCAAACAGACUCACAGGAAGUACCUGCUACAGGAGCAGCUGAAGAUCAUCAAAAAGGUUGAAUUUGACUUUUUAAUUCUGUGUCCUAUUUCUAGAUGUCCAAACCAACAUAGCAUGUCACUGACAUUUUAUACCCUCAGCAUAAUCUGUUUACCAGCCCGAACAUGUUGUAUUACUGUCAGACAAGCAUAUUUACAAUCUGACCACUGAGUCUAAUACAACAAAGAAUAAAUUGUAAAUAAAUAAAUGGCAUGUGAAUUUUCAGGAGCUGGGUCUGGAAAAAGAGGAUAAAGAAGCCAUAGAAGAGAAGUUCAGAGAGAGACUCAAAGACAGGACUGUCCCUCAGCAUAUAAUGGAUGUCAUCAAUGAAGAACUCAACAAACUGGGACUGCUGGAUAACCACUCCUCAGAGUUCAAGUUGGUCAUCUGACUUUUUUUCUCAUACAAUGAUGCUUCGAGUAAUACUUGAGUCAAGAACAUGUUGUGUUGACAGCUGACUGAACAAGGGGGCAUCAAAGAAUGGUUUCAGUAUUCAUAAUCUUUUGUUUGGCGAGUUGGAUCAGAUGGUAGGGGAGGCUGCUGGACAGACAUGGUAAACCCAACAAUGUCAUGUGGGUGAACUGGAAUUAUCAGGCUUGGACAAAUCUUGAAAGACGUUUAAGGAGAAAAGCACCAAAGAGGAGCACAAUGACUAACUGAUCAAAUAACUACCAUGACGCCUGUCUUUCAGUGUUACCCGUAACUACCUGGACUGGCUGACCAGCAUGCCCUGGGGAAUUAACAGUGAAGAAAACUUAUUAUUGGGGACAGCCAAAGAUGUUUUAGAAGAAGACCAUUACGGCAUGGAUGAUGUUAAAAAACGGAUCUUGGUAAGUAAAUCCAUGCAACUACUUCAAAAAAAUGUGUGAACAAUGAUGUUAAAAAAAUGGCUGUGCAGUGUAAAACUGCGAUUGUUUCUCAUAACUGCAAUGAACCAGAAUGAUAUUUUCUUUCUGUGCAGGAAUUCAUAGCAGUGAGUCAGCUGCGUGGCUCCACUCAGGGAAAGAUCCUGUGUUUUUAUGGUCCCCCAGGUGUCGGAAAGACCUCUAUCGCACGCUCCAUUGCCAGAGCUUUAAAUAGACAGUACUUCAGAUUCAGCGUGGGCGGAAUGACUGAUGUAGCUGAGAUUAAAGGACACAGGUCUGAAAGUCUUCAUUAUUACUACAGACAGUUUGCACUUCCAAGAAUCCAGAGCAUGCACUGAUCCAAGUCUGUGUGUUUAUGUUUUCUGCGGUGGCCUCUGCUGUGUUGUUUGUCUUUGGAUGUUUAUGCAAGGGUCAGGGUGGUUUAGUCCAUUAGCGAAGAAACAGAGAAAAGCAGAGACGCUAAAAUCAACUCUCAACUUUUGAUUAAGUCCCUUGCCUGUAGCUAAAGCUUCACAUCUCUGAAUAUUAAUUUUGGUGCAAAUUCAAACAGUAGAAAAAUAAGAGCAAUCACAUUUCAACCUUUUAAUGUACCUAAAUUUUUCACUUUCAUUUAAGGAAAAAUUGAAAACUUAUUGUCCGAAAUGUGUGUUUGUGUGUCCAGGAGAACGUAUGUUGGAGCAAUGCCGGGGAAGAUUAUCCAGUGCCUGAAGAAAACAAAGACGGAGAACCCUUUGGUGUUAAUAGAUGAGGUCAGUCUGGGGAUGAUGCUACUAACACUCUAUCUUUGAGACUCAAUGCCAGUCCAUAUAAGAGCACCAAUAACUGAGCAGAAGUGGGUGUUGUAAGAGCGGGUAUUUACUGUCCACAGUGAAUGUUUAUUUUUGCUGCCAGUUAAAGCUUGGUUUGUUGCCAUUGACUGUAUAUACUAUGGACAACUUGGUUCUGCCUUGUGCCAGUAUACGUAUUUGAAGCCGAAAAGCUCUCAGUAUUUCUGCGAUUUUUCUCCACUUCCUGAAACCAACGUUGCGCAGUAGUAUUGUACGCCCUCCACCACUUGCGCAGUAGUAUUGUACACAUUCAGCAGCAGAGUCGCCAAGAGUCGCUGUGAUGACACUCGGCUCAAACAGCGUAUCCCCCGAGUGAGCUACGUGAUCUUCAUACACCUAUAGGCUGUGUCAAGUGUCAAGAAAAAUUUAUAUUCUGUGUAAUAAAUUUCUAAAGUUUGUCCACAACUCCAUAAGGAUUGCUGGAGGAGGCGGGAUUUAUGACCUAUACUGCAACAGAGGGUGUUGUUCUCGGAGUGGCUUCACCCAGCGAGGAGGCAGACGCUGUCCAUUCUAUAUACAGUCUGUGGAUGUUGCCUGUGUCUUGGCCAAUGUAACGGAGGGUGACGUGAAAAAGCUUGUUUACAAUGAAUUAGAUGCAUUCAUAGCUUCAAAGUGAAGAGGUAACUUCACACAUCUAUAACUCAGGACAGGUGCAUCAGAGAGCAGGGGAUCCAGCAAUUCAAACAAAGCCGGAUGAAGGUCUAGUACUGAAACGUUGCAUUGAAUUGUUCCUUCCUCUGCAAGUUGGACAGUGUGGAUGCAUUCAUAGCUUAAAAUUUUCCUCUCUCACAUUUGACUCAUUGACUUAACUCAUGGUGAAAACUCACGAGUGAUCAAGUUCUUGGAUUUUUGUUCAAAUAGCCAGUACACUUCUUAGAUUUGGCUCAGUGCUAUUACAAAAGGAAAAAUCAGAUAGACAGUAUAGUCCCAUUAUGCCAUCAACUAUGUGAAACUGAGUCAACAUCUGCCCUUUACAGACAGUUUGUCUAAGAAAGGUGAGAAUGUCAUAAUUUUCUCAGGUAUGUGGUCAGAAAUCAAACUGGACAAAAAUGUGUAAUUAGAUGAAGCUUUAAAGGUCAGAGGACGAAUCAUCCCUUGGGAACAUGAUGGUAUACACCAAUUUUCAUAGCAAUACAUCUUAAAUGUAUCUAUGUUGUGUCUGUGGUGGUAAAUGUCAGCAAAGAGAGAAAGCUCAUGUGGGGAGAAGCAGUCUGAGUUAGGUAAUGAACUUCAAAGUAAUAUGCAGCAGAGGUUGCCUUUCAGGUUUUCAGGAACUAGUGUUUCUACCGAGUGGAGAAGGCUGUAUGUAUGCUAAGGCAUUAAUAUUAAUGAGUCUUUCUCAGGUGGAUAAGAUCGGCCGUGGUUACCAGGGUGAUCCAUCAUCUGCAUUGCUGGAACUUCUGGAUCCUGAACAGAAUGCCAACUUUCUUGAUCACUACCUUGAUGUCCCUGUCGAUCUUUCAAAGGUGGGAAAAUGUGCAAUAUGUUCACUGUCAGAAAUAAAAAAAAGUAUCCAUUUUUUAAAUCUUACUUCUCACCAAUAAAGGUUUUGUUUAUCUGCACGGCUAAUGUGACUGACACCAUCCCAGAGCCACUUCGAGACAGGAUGGAGAUGAUCAAUGUGUCUGGAUAUGUGGCGCAAGAGAAAUUGGCUAUUGCUGAGGUAACACCAGCUUCUACCUCUACACUUCCCUAACUGUGUAAAAAGAGGACAUUUAUACAAUACCACUGUAAUGCUACACUAUUUUAUACAUGGUUUUUAUAAUUCAUUUAUGGUUUCUUUGGUAGGGACAGAUAUGAUAUACCCAGAUAAAUUAUCUAAACAGUUAUCUGAUGCGAGAAUCAAAGUGUUUUAGUGGAUGCUACUUUGCAGCUUGUGCUCCUAGAGGGGCUUUUGUGAGAGUAUCAGAUAAAUAUGGUAAGUUAAAAGAAAGAAGUAAAAGUGUAACAUGUUAAAAUAGAGGUUUUGAUCAGUUGUAAACAUUAAUCGAGUUAUUUUCUAACAACUCUAAAUACCUUAUUCAACAGUAUAUAACAGUAUAUACACUCACCGGCCACUUUAUUAGGUACACCAUGCUAGUAACGGGUUGGACCCCCUUUUGCCUUCAGAACUGCCUCAAUUCUUCGUGGCAUAGAUUCAACAAGGUGCUGGAAGCAUUCCUCAGAGAGCUUGGUCCAUAUUGACAUGAUGGCAUCACACAGUUGCCGCAGAUUUGUCGGCUGCACAUCCAUGAUGCGAAUCUCCCGUUCCACCACAUCCCAAAGAUGCUCUAUUGGAUUGAGAUCUGGUGACUGUGGGGGCCAUUUGAGUACAGUGAACUCAUUGUCAUGUUCAAGAAACCAGUCUGAGAUGAUUCCAGCUUUAUGACAUGGCGCAUUAUCCUGCUGAAAGUAGCCAUCAGAAGUUGGGUACAUUGUGGUCAUAAAGGGAUGGACAUGGUCAGCAACAAUACUCAGGUAGGCUGUGGCGUUGCAACGAUGCUCAAUUGGUACCAAGGGGCCCAAAGAGUGCCAAGAAAAUAUUCCCCACACCAUGACACCACCACCACCAGCCUGAACCGUUGAUACAAGGCAGGAUGGAUCCAUGCUUUCAUGUUGUUGACGCCAAAUUCUGACCCUACCAUCCGAAUGUCGCAGCAGAAAUCGAGACUCAUCAGACCAGGCAAUGUUUUUCCAAUCUUCUAUUGUCCAAUUUCGAUGAGCUUGUGCAAAUUGUAGCCUCAGUUUCCUGUUCUUAGCUGAAAAGAGUGGCACCCGGUGUGGUCUUCUGCUGCUGUAGCCCAUCUGCCUCAAAGUUCGACGUACUGUGCAUUCAGAGAUGCUCUUCUGCCUACCUUGGUUGUAACGGGUGGUUAUUUGAGUCACUGUUGCCUUUCUAUCAGCUCGAACCAGUCUGGCCAUUCUCCUCUGACCUCUGGCAUCAACAAGGCAUUUCCGCCCACAGAACUGCCGCUCACUGGAUAUUUUUUCUUUUUCGGACCAUUCUCUGUAAACCCUAGAGAUGGUUGUGCGUGAAAAUCCCAGUAGAUCAGCAGUUUCUGAAAUACUCAGACCAGCCCUUCUGGCACCAACAACCAUGCCACGUUCAAAGUCACUCAAAUCACCUUUCUUCCCCAUACUGAUGCUCGGUUUGAACUGCAGGAGAUUGUCUUGACCAUUUCUACAUGCCUAAAUGCACUAAGUUGCCGCCAUGUGAUUGGCUGAUUAGAAAUUAAGUGUUAACGAGCAGUUGGACAGGUGUACCUAAUAAAGUGGCCGUUGAGUGUAUUUAUACAUCACUGAUGUAUGAAGAGUAUUUACUAAGUGAAAAGCUACUGCUACUUUUGAAUAAACAUUUAUAACAGGCAAAGAGACCCAAUUUGUACAUCAUGAAACACGUCAUUAUUCAUAAAUUAUGCUACUCCCUAAAGAAGACUUUGACAUCCACUUCUAGUAGCAUGUCAUAUCAAAACCUGCUACAAUCAUUGUGAAAGAGUUAAAAAUGAUCUUAUUGGAAGGUGAAAAACUGAACUAGUAUUGUGAUUAUUAUUUUGAAGUCCUGAAGUUUGUAGUUUUACUUAAACCUAAGGUGUCAAGUGUUUUCCCAAACUCCUUCUUUCCUGUAAUCUUUAUGUGUGUGUUUCUGUCUUUCUGUUUAGCGUUACCUCGUGCCUCAGCUCCGCUCUUUAUGUGGUCUGACCGAAGAGAAGGUCUCACUCUCAUCGGAUGCCCUCAGUCUGCUCAUCAAGCAAUACUGCAGAGAAUCUGGAGUCAGGAACCUGCAGAAACAAGUCGAGAAGGUAAAAUACUGUUAGGCUCUAUUCUGUAUGUGCUUGAUCUGAUUUCACUUGUACUGGAGUCACCCAGAAGAACAUUUUGUAAAAAGUGAAUCCCAUCUCUGGGACCAGCAGAAAUUACAGGAGUUGAAUUCCACAGCAUGGUACAAGCAAUCCAACUGAAAGUUCCUUUUUCAGCGUUGUUAUUUGGACAGCAUAUGAAUUUGCACAGAAAUUUUGUGGUUCUUUAGGGAAGAAAAUAAAUUCUCAUCCAAAUAGUGACACCUAAUAGUUCAUCCCCCAUUUUUAAGCAGGUCUACCAUAAUCCCUGUCUCAUGUGUCUUUCAGGUUUUCCGUAAGGUGGCGUUCAAUAUCGUCAGUGGUGAGCAAAACACAGUGAAUGUUACAGCUGACAACCUGCAGGACUUUGUGGGUAAACCGGUUUUCACAGUGGAUCGAAUGUAUACUGUCACCCCUCCUGGUGUGGUCAUGGGCCUGGCAUGGACUGCUCUUGGUGAGAAAAAGGUUUUCAUGUAAUGCUCACACAACCUCAUAGCAGUUCAACAAAAUACUUACGGCCUUUCUGUAUUUCAUUAUCCCUUCAGGAGGGUCUACGCUGUUCAUUGAGACAUCGUUGCGCCGUCCCCCUGGAGGGGGGGACUCUGAAGGAGAGGGGUCACUGGAGGUUACAGGUGAGUCAGAAAGAUCCUAUUAAAAGUAGCAUCCGAGGAGAAGGAUGUUUAAACAGCACCAAGGACCUGUGUCUUUACCUCAUACUGAAUAAGUAACGCUUAAUGUUAUCUUUUACUUCUGCAGGUCAGCUGGGCGAUGUUAUGAAAGAAAGUGCAAAGAUUGCUUCAACAUAUGCUAGAGCUUUCCUCAUGACCAAAGAACCAGAAAAUCAUUUCUUGGUCAACUCUCACCUACAUCUGCAUGUUCCUGAGGUAACCACAGCAACUCAGUAUUGUAGGAAAUAUCUUUUUGAUAACUUUGCUCUAUUAUCUAAGUCUUAAUUUGUUUAUUUUUCACAUGGCUACCUGAUCAUUUGCCAAAAAAGGUGUUUAGUUUUUUUUUUUUUAAACUGAUACACCUAUCUGUCAAUUUCAUAUAUCUCAUUGUGAUAGUACAAAAGAUACUCUUGUGUUAAGGUCAGUAGUUGUUGUUCUUAUCUUUGUCUCUAACAUGUCUUUAGGGGGCAACUCCCAAGGAUGGACCAAGUGCUGGGUGUACCAUUGUUACAGCACUUUUAUCCUUAGCAACCAACCAGCCAGUGCGCCAGGAUGUUGCCAUGACUGGUGAAGUGUCUCUGACUGGCAAAAUCCUGCCAGUAGGUGGAAUCAAAGAGAAAACUAUUGCUGUAAGUACAAGUGACUACAGUGUGGAUGAACACAAACUACAAACCACACUCAGCUUCACCUGGGAUUUACAUUUUAGUGACUUUUUAUGUGUAUUCCAGCUCUGAUCAAGAUUUUCUUCUCUUUUAGGCACGUCGGGCUGGUGUGACCUGUAUCCUCCUUCCAGCUGAGAAUAGGAAAGACUUUUCUGACCUACCGGAUUACAUCACCGAGGGCCUAGAGGUUCACUUUGUGGAUCACUACAGCCAAAUCUACCCCAUUGUCUUUCCACAGAAGUGAUUUCACAAACAGCAGUAAAAACAAGCAAAGAUGGACCAGGUCGACUCAGAACUCUGUAGUGUGCUGUAUCAUAGCACUGAUGAUCAAUCUUUUAGCAGUUGUUAAAAAGUCCAGCUGCUGAUUUAUGGCUGGUUCGUGUCAAAUUUGCAGCUGACUUUGAGAUCCUGCUGUGUAGACUGGUGCAGCAUAAUGUGUUCUCAUGUUAUCCAAGGAAAUCCAGGUGGCUUAGUCACUCAUUAUGUACAUAUUUCAUUAUUUAUAUUUUGUUUUAGCCACCACAUGACCGCUGAAGGUAGAGGAACAGCCAUGUGGGGGAGGAAAAUAUCAAUGAUCUAAAGCCAUUCAGCCACAGAUGGGACAACACUAAAUAAUGGUUCUGAUGGUGAUGAUGAACACUGGCCUGUCGUCAAAUGAUAUAAUGUCACUGAAAAACAGAAUUUGGCAUUGCAACUUCGCUGCCAGGCAGCUUCUUUAUCCACAGCUCUCGUCAUGAAGGGCUGUGGGGGGACUGAAUAGAUUUCCUAUCUUACUAUUUUAUAUCACUGUUGGUCAGAUGUUACAAUGAUUAUGUUUAAAUAAAAUAAAUAACACCUA